AUGGGUUUCUCAGAAGUUCACACCGAGGUUCCCAGAACUGCCAUUCACCUCGUCGGCACCAAUGACUGGCAGGCUGACCUGGCCAAGAACGGCUAUGCUGUCGUCAAGGGAGCUGUUCCCAAGGAACGUGCUGAGGAUUAUGCCAACCGCAUGCACCAGUACCUAGAAGACUUUGGUCUUGGAUACGACCGCAACGACCGCAGCACCUGGAACUCGAAGCACCUUCCCGAGAUCAACAACAAAGGCAUGUGCCUCGACUAUGCCGUCACACACGAGGAUUUUGUCUGGGAGAUCCGAUCAGAGCCUGGUGUUCUGUCUGUCUUCGAGACUGUUCUUGACACUGAGGACCUGAUUGUUUCGUUCGACGCCGUCAACUUCGGUCUUGCCGGAAGAACAGAUCUACCACCAAACAAGCCCUGGCCCCACCAAGAUCAGGACCCCACCAAGAACGGAUUCAGAUGUCUGCAGGGCUUGGUCAAUCUAUUGCCCAACGGUCCCAACGACGGUGGCUUGAUUGUCUGCUCGGGAGCUCAUCUGUUGAGCGAGAGAUUUCACAAGGAGAUGGCCUGGGAGACCGAGCAAGGCUUGAACAUCCCCGCAUGGAACCCCGAAUGGUACGGCCUCACAAAUGAAGGUAUGAAGUGGCUGGAGAAGGAAGGUUGCACAUGGACAAAGGUCUGCGCCGAACCCGGUGACCUCCUUCUCUGGGACUCACGCACACCGCACUACAACCUCUCUUCGACCACAGACCAGAGCAGAUUCUGCGUUUACACAUGUUAUAUGCCCGUCACCGAAGCCUCCGAGGAGGAGCUGCAAAGGAAAAAGGUCGCCUUCGAAGGCUGGUUCGGCACUACGCAUUGGCCGAACUGCAAAGUGAUGGGAAGAAACAAGGCGACGAGAGAUGGCGAGCCGGACCCUCACAACAGGACCGAGCCAGUCAAGAAGCCACAGCUAUCUGAGCGUGUCUACAAGCUGACGGGCAUCCCUUACAUCAAGGCGCAAGCUUAA